ACGCGUCGCUAUGGAAACGGCUCUCCCGAUCCGUACCUCCACGAGCUCGAUGGCAGCUGGGGAGCCGGCGCAUUCAGGUGGCUUCUACUUCAGGUUCUUGCCUCAGAGACUCUUCCCGUCUCUGAGCGCCCCGGAGACCACCAGCCGGCUGCGCCAGUGGUCCAUGCUGGGCAGACUCAAGGCGCAGGCCUUCGGGUUCGACCAGACCUUCCAGGCCCACCGGAAGGACGACUUCGUUCUGGCUUUUUUCAAAGACCCAAAUGUUAUUCCAAAUCUGCAGUUACUUUCAGAUUCUUCUGGACAGUGGAUUACACUAGGAACUGAAGUGAAAAAAAUUGAAGCUACAAAUGUUCCCUGCACCCAGCUUUCAAUGUCAUUCUUUAAUCGGUUAUAUGAAGAAGAUAUUGUACGAGACAGUGGACAUAUUGUGAAAUGUUUAGAUUCUUUUUGUGAUCCAUUUAUGGUUUCUGAUGAAUUGCGAAAAGUAUUGCUAAUGGAAGACUCAGAAAAAUAUGAAGUAUUCAGCCAGCCGGAUAGAGAUGAGUUCUUAUUUUGUCUUUUUAAACAUCUUUGCCUUGGUGGAUCCCUUUGUCAGUAUGAAGAUACACUCAAGCCAUACCUGGAAACAGCAAAGCUUCUCUAUAAGGAUCUGGUGAGUGUUCGAAAGCAUCCACAAACCAAGAAAAUACAAAUUACCUCUUCUGUCUUUAAAGUUACAGCCUAUGACUCGGCUGGUCUGUGCUACCCUUCCAGGAAGAAUCAUGAGCAGACAUUUUCUUACUUUGUUGUGGACCCUGUCAAACGUCACGUUAAUGUUCUGUACCACUGCUUUGGUGUUGGGGACAUGUCUUGAAUCCUUCAGAUGACCUGUAUCUACUGGUUUUUCAUUUAUUGCUUUUCUAUUUCCAUACUAAUUUAGAGACAAAUGUUUACCUUGUAGAAAGCUGCUUAGAGAAGGGAAAUGCAAGCACAAAGAGUCCCUGUCUAAGUUUGUCUGGAUUCCCUGCCACAGUGGAUACAGAGCCAUUGUGAAGUGGU